GACAGACUACAAGAAUGGAUUUGGUUUCCCUAAUGACUCCUACUGGAUAGGAAAUGACGUUAUGCAUCAACUUACCAAGGGAAGGAACUCCUCCCUCUACGUAUCUACCACACUGACUAAUGGGACAAAGCUCUAUGAAUUAUACAACCAGUUCUCUGUUUCUGAAGAAACCAACAACUACCGACUUUUUCUUGGCGGGUCAGCUACCGGGACCCUUGGUGACAGCAUGAGAAGCCACGAUCUGUCUGGGAUGUCCUUCAGUACCCCAGACAGAGAUAACGACGGGUUUCCUAGAAACUGUGAUGCUGACAGUGCCAUUAGAGGAGGCUGGUGGUUUAACUGGUGUCACCAAGCCUUCCUUAACGGUCAGUGGUCCCCGGGAUCCUGGUACAGACCAUGGUAUCCUACAGUCUCUGAUAAUAAACAGACAAAGGAGACUUUUAUGAUGCUGAAACAUAACUGACACUUUAUAUCUUUAUAUCCAUACUUGUUCACGCAUGAUAUGAAAAGUUAUAUACUUUUAUCAUAAAUGAUGAAAACUUUAUUUUUAGACAUAAUGGUGGUUUCUUUAAUAUAUACAAUGUAUCAAACAUAUAGAUUUAAUGUUAUUAUGUGUAAUGAAUUUAUUGAAAAGUCCUAACAUGUAUUGCGUUUAAGAUAGUGUUGUACAUGUAACAUCAAUUACUAAAAACAAGAAAAUCGCAUUAAAUAUUGUUACAUAAUAAAAGUUUUGUUUUUAUUUUAUCAAUUGUCGUUUUAUAAUUAAUAGUCUAAUGAUAUAAAGUAUGUUAACAACAAACACAAUGUUUUUUUUUUUAAUACAUUCCUUGAAUUUCAACUAUCCCCGUGAAAGGUCACAUAACUGGGUAGAAAUAGUAUCCAUCAGUCUGUCAUCUCCAUGUGUGUUGAUAAUUAGAAUUUCAUUCUGUUACAAUUUAUAAAUGAUGUAGAGAUGAUAAUUUCGUAGAUUUUAUUUUCAAACACCAAUAUUACUUGUUACUUGUACUGUAUUUUGUAUAUACAGUGAGUGGAAAAUGCUGCAUGUAAUGCCAAACCAAUUAACUGAAAACAAAGUAUUAUAUGAUUUAUUUUCAUGACAUUAACGUUGAAGGCCUCAGUGUAACGUCAUAAGUGAAAAUCAAAUUCCCCGCUCUUCUUGAGCAGUUUUAAGUUUUAUAAUCCACCUUCAGAAACCUUAAAUCACAUUGACAUAUAUUUGAGUCUUUCAGACAAAAAUGCUACAUAUCCCGUGAUGUAAAUGUUGUUAAUUUUACGGCGCUAAAUUUUGCGCACGGAAAGGGAUAAUUCUUUCUACUUUCCUGCAUUUUUAAUAAACCACCUGUCCUUUCCUAAUAUGAGAAAUACUCUUUAAAAACCUGUAUAUUUU